GUUCCAACCGCUUUCCCGUCAGUAAGUGACGUGCCUUUGUUGGCAAAACUCCUUUUUAAACAUAACCAAAGUUAUUUACAUAUUGACCCCCUGACGAACGCUUAAAAAUCAUUUUAAAUAAAAACAUUUAAGAUUAUACACAUCGGAACCAUGCUGAGAUUACAACAGCAGUUGAAAUUGUUGAACCAUGUGUAUGGGGCAGCGUGUGACAACCAGUAUCUGUUGACGACGAUGCCACAAUACGCUAAGAGAAUGACCAUUUCUCGACGGAUGAGCGACGAGACGCAUUGGCAUAUGUUGGACGCGGAGCUGCUUCGAAGUUUAGUUGGGGGGUCAACAUUGAUCUGCAAUGGUGUCAUUCCGACCCCGAUGGAGAGACAGCGGCGGAAAGCUAGAGCUCGCAGAAAGCGGUGUACUGGAUGCGGGCAGAUCAUGGAAAAACACAAUGACACCACAAAAUCUACUAGUCUAUUUGCUAAAUCUGAUGAUGAAGGCCACGUGUGUGAGGAUUGUCGGUCUCCGAUGCACGCCCCUCCUGUUCACCCCGGUAUGCGCAAAAGGAAAGAUAAGCGGAAAGUCCUCCAACCUCCCCCAGUUGGCACUCAACCUAAUCGGAAACCAGAAUCCGGCGAACCCAGUAUUCUGGACUGGCGUGAUCCUCUGACGACGAGGGUCCAGUUAGCAAAUCCUCCAGAGGAAGAGGGUAGCGACUUCCCAGGGCACAAUAUCUCCAUGAUUUAGGAACAGCACUUACUGAAAAUUGUUGAGAACCGCUCGAAAUGAGUUGAACUUGCACGGGAACUUAGUUUAGAUAGAUUUUAUUUUUAUAAUAACUAUUGUGAGACAUACUACAUUAACUAAAAAUCACGGUUUACUCACGUACAUUAAUGGAGAAAAGCUCUACUAGUUUCGAGUCACAGAGGGACUCAAAACAUCUUAUUCGGCACGAUUGGGCCGGCUCGACUAGAGUGAUACCACGGCCUCACAGAAAACCGACGUGAAACAACGCUUGCGUUGUGUUUCGGUGUGUGAGUGAGGUUACCAAAGGCCCAAUUCCCCCCUUCCCAAUCUUCCCAAUCCCCGAUUCCCCAACAACCUUUAAAUUCCUAACCCCUAUAAAAAACAGUAGGCUGCGUGUCGUCGCCACGUCUGCACACGCUGCUCAUGAUGAAGAAUCCCUCUGUGACUCGAAACUAGUAGAGCUUUUCUCCAUUAAUGUGCGUGAGUAAACCAUGAUUGGAAUUGAUGUCUAACAUGAAUUCUAUUUAAUUGGGUACCCAUGCAAGUUCAAUUCAGACCAUCCAAAUGCAAAUUUGUAGCCCAAAACUUGGUGUGAUUUUAAAUUAUGGUAGUAAACAGUUUUGGGGACGGUCAGUGUUAAUUUUUAUUGGGGCCUGAUUGUUAAUUGAACUUGAGCUUACACUUAAUGGUGAUGGGAUAUCUUCUAUAAUAUGAAAAUAAGUCGGAUUUUCCUUCCUGACGCCAUAACUCCAGAAGAACCGAUUUCUACGGUUUUGCAUUCGUUGGAAAGGUCUGAGAUCCGUCAGGUUUAUCAAUCAGAGCGUCGAACGCAUUUAUUUUGAUCUCCUUAAAUUAAUAACAAAUUCGUACUUCUGUAAACUUCUGAACUAUUAUUAGCUUUUAGCUUCAAUUACUCCCCUUCCUAAACUUCCGAAUUCCCUACCAAUCCUUAAAUUUCUAACCCACAAAAAGCCGAAAACGCACUUGUAACGCUUCUGAUGUUUCGGAUGUCUAUGGGCGGCGGCGAUUGCUUACCAUCAGGUGAUCCGUCUGCUCGUUUACCGGCUUAUGCCAUAAAAAAACAUCUUUUUCCCUCUUUAUUAUUCUUAAUGAUUAAAGAUGAUCUCUUGAUGAUAUGUGUGGGGGAAUUGCACAACUUGAUUCCCCCUAGUCCUUUCCAUCACCGAACCACAAGACAAUGGGCGAAGCGCCACCGCUUUAUGGUAGAUGCCACACCCACUCGCACGAAGCGUUUCGCUUCAAGCUUCCUUAUGCGAACUGCUAGGGAGUGGAAUUCUUUGCCGGAGUCUGUUUCCUGUUGAGUAAUAUAACCUAGGUGUCUUCAAGGCCCGAGUGAAUAGGCUGCUCAUGGGCAGACGUGCUCCAUCGUAGGCCGCAUCAUCACUUACCACCAGGCGAGAUAGCGGCCAAACGUCAUCAAAUAUAAAAAAUAUAAGGUUCAAGGUUAUGUUGAACAUCCUACAUGGUCCACAAGGGACUUUGUGAAUGCCUCUAGUAUUGCAGGCGUACUUGGGCUACGGUAUUCGCUUACCAUCAGACUGGGCAUAAGGUUUAUUGCUACCAAUAGUAGUUAGUUGUACAAAAACGGUCUUUUCCUCUUCUUGUCGAAAUAAGGACGUGAAAUAUGGUCUCAACAGAGUUUAUUUGUUAUAAACCGAUGCAAAUAUUCAUUUGUCGGUUAUGAAAUUGUGUACUUUAGUUGGAUCUACGGUCCUAUAUUUAGACUAUUCUUUCUUUU